AUGGUGUACCCAGAUACUUUCGAAGGCUUUGCCAUCACUUCAGGAGACCAGUGGCAGUCCCCUAAGAGGUUUGAAUUCAAGCCAAAGCCUUUCGGAGAUUUCGAUAUCGAUGUCAAGAUCAUUGCCUGCGGCGUUUGCGGAUCCGACCUACACACAGCAACCGGAGGAUGGGGAAACAAGAACUGGCCCCUUGUGCCUGGUCAUGAGAUCAUUGGCCACGCUGUUAAGGUCGGCCCCAAGGUCACCUCCGUCAAGGUCGGGGACCGCGUCGGUGUCGGAGCACAGAUAUCUGCCUGCCUAGACUGCCCACAGUGCAAGGAGGACAACGAGACAUACUGCAAGGAGCAGCUGGACACAUACGGUUCCGUCUACCCAGAUGGCACCUUGGCCCACGGUGGCUACUCUUCCCACAUCCGUGCCCAUGAGCACUUCACAUUCCCCAUUCCAGAGGCAUUAAAAACCGAGGAAGCUGCACCAAUGCUGUGCGCUGGCCUCACAGCCUACUCCCCCAUCUUCCGUAACGGCGCUGGCCCAGGAAAGAAGAUCGGAAUCAUCGGAGUUGGCGGCAUUGGCCAUUUCGGUAUCAUGUUCGCGAAGGCCCUCGGCGCAGAGGUCUGGGCUAUCUCGCGCAGCUCAGCCAAGAAGGCCGAUGCCCUCAAGAUGGGUGCUGACGGUUUCUUGGAGACUCGUGUCAAGGACUGGAAUGUGCCACACGAGUUCACAUUCGACAUGAUCCUCAACACAGCGAGCUCGGACGACGGUUUUGAUCUCGCUCCAUAUCUGUCGCUGCUGCGCGUGCACGGCAAGUUCAUCAGCGUCGGCCUGCCAGAGGGUGAGGGCAGCAAGGUCCGCCCACAGUCGCUACUGGCAAACGGUUGCAUGAUCGGCGCCAGCCACUUGGGAAGCAGAAAGGAGACACUGGAUAUGUUGCAGUUGGCUGCCGAUAAGGGCAUUAAGAGCUGGGUGGAGACCAUCCCAGUCUCUGAGAAGGGCUGUGGAGAAGCCUUGACUCGCCUCCAUAACAACGACGUUCGAUAUAGAUUCACCCUCGUCGACUACGACAAGCAGUUUUAA